UUGUGGUCUUGUGGGCGAUGGUUUACUGGUGCAAAUCCACCAGACUGCUGUGAGACUGUGUGUACCUACUAUUGCGGCACAUCCAGAUGGUAUUGAUUCGUCAUCACCAACUUUCACCUCAUGGUCCCCUGAUAAUAUGACAAUAAGCCUCGGAGCUGUUGGGCCUAAUUUGAUAGUUGUUGCAACUUCCAGUCCAUGCUUCUUAUUUAUUCUUGGCAUCAGGACCUUAUCAGCCCAUCAUAAAGAAAUAUACCAGAUGAAACAUGUGAGAUUGCAAGAUGAACUAUCCUGCAUUUCAAUCCCCCGGCUUGAGCAAAAACCUUUUAUAUCUAAAACUAGUCAUACAAAUGGAGUUCCUUUGGAUUCUCUUCCAUCCGGAUUGGACAUUAGUAACACCUUCAUUAUUGGUACACAUAAGCCUUCUGUGGAAGUUCUAUCAUUUACUUCUGAUAAAGGCGUGAAUGUUCUUGCCAUUGGAUCUAUAACCUUAACAAACACUCUUGGAACAACCAUAAGUGGCUGCAUUCCUCAAGAUGUAAGACUUGUACUCGUUGAUCGGCUUUAUGUUCUUUCAGGAUUAAGGAACGGUAUGCUACUCAGAUUUGAGUGGCCCUCCACCUCGAUAGUUGCCUCACUUGAGUCGCCUGGCCUUCAAACUUUUGACAAUUCUUGUAUGGCUAAUUCCAGUGGUUCCUCAAUUUUUGCAUCUCAGAAUUUUAGAACUCAACCUAUGCAAGUGUCCAGUUUAUUGGCUAAGACGAAGGAUUCUCCUGUUUAUCUGCAAUUAGUUGCAGUUCGUCGGAUUGGCAUCACUCCUGUUUUUCUCGUUCCAUUGAAUGACUCUCUUGAUGCUGAUGUGAUCGCUCUAAGCGAUAGGCCCUGGUUAUUGCAAACUGCAAGGCAUAGCCUCUCGUAUACUUCAAUCUCUUUUCCACCUUCCACACAUGUUACUCCAGUCUGCUCACCUGAAUGUCCCAAGGGAAUUAUCUUUGUUGCUGAAAACAGUCUUCAUUUGGUGGAGAUGGUGCCUAGUAAACGGCUUAAUGUGCAGAAAUUUCAUUUUGGCGGCACUCCUCGAAAGGUUCUAUAUCAUAGUGACAGCAGGUUGUUGCUUGUAUUACGGACUGAUCUCAGUGAUGAUUUAUGUUCAUCUGAUGUCUGUUGCGUAGAUCCUCUCAGCGGAUCGGUGUUGUCUUCCUUUAAGUUUGAGCCAGGGGAGAUUGGAAAAUGCAUGGAGUUGGUAAAAGUUGGAUACGAACAAGUUCUUGUUGUUGGAACUAGUCUCUCUACUGGUUCAGCUAUAAUGCCUAGUGGUGAAGCUGAAAGCACAAAGGGCCGUCUAAUAGUUCUUUGCAUCGAGCAAAUGCAAAACUCGGAUAGUGGGUCAAUUGCAUUUUCUUCAAGGGCUGGAUCGUCUUCUCAACGGACUUCACCUUUCCGUGAGAUUGGUGGAUAUGCCGCUGAGCAGCUGUCUAGCAGUAGUCUUUGUAGCAGUCCUGACGAUAACAGCUGUGACGGGAUUAAACUUGAGGAAAGUGAGGCAUGGCACUUAAGAUUAGGUUAUUCAACCACCUGGCCUGGAAUGGUGCUUGCAGUCUGCCCAUACCUUGAUCGUUAUUUCUUGGCCUCUGCGGGCAACUGUUUUUAUGUUUGUGGUUUUCCAAAUGAUAAUGCUCAAAGAGUCAGACGCUUAGCAGUAGGGAGAACUCGUUUCAUGAUCAUGACUCUUACUGCACACUUCACUAGAAUUGCUGUUGGUGAUUGCCGUGAUGGUGUCCUCUUCUAUUCGUAUCAAGAGGAUGCGAGAAAACUAGAGCAAGUUUACUGUGACCCUGUCCAGAG